CAGUUCGGCUGUCGGGACGGCGCGGCGUUCCCGCGAAACGCCAAUUCGGCCAAUUUGCAGGCGCUAGUUCGCUGAGUUCGCUCCGUUUCGCGUCACGGAAGAAACGCGUUCGCGUCUUCCGUCAUCUGCCUCGAGCGAACAAAUUAACAUAAUAAGUUAAUCGACACGCGAGGGUGUUCACGUUUGCUCCGUUCCGACGGCGAAGCCAGUGCAAACCAGGGUGAUAUCCGCGUGACGAGAGCGGCAAUCAGCCGAGGAGACGCGUACGCGACGCGUAGCUGCGACUUCGUUUAUGGUUCACGAAACUCUCUGGACUUGCGUUCCAUCCCUAGAACCUUGCAUCCUAGGAGCCUGCGUUAAUUGACGUCGAUCGCUGCACUAAUAAGCACUAAGCGACGAUAAUUUGGCCUGAUUUCGCUGGACCCAGCUAUACCUUACUUGCGGAAGGACGCUUAUCGUGGAGUCGCCUUUCGGUCGACAGAUAAAUCAAAACUGUCGCGCGAAAGGAAGAAAGAUCCAGGAGUCGAAGUAUCGUGACUGCGUCGUGCGUGAAAUUACCAAAUCAAUAUUUCCAAAAUUUGCCCCUUUGAGGUUAUGUGGCGCAUAUAGAGGGCGUUACGGGGCGUACAGGGGUUGGUCGUCGUUUCGCGCGCUGCUCUCCCGCGCUUCCAGAUCCACGUCCUCUAUUUUUCUCGGAAUAUCGUCGAUUCGCGACUCGCAUACGCUGCAAAAUAGCUCAGAGGCGAGAUUAAUGAAUUUUCCGACUACCGAAAUCGACUCCGAACGAAAAUCGUAAGUCGAUACGGUGAAUCAAAGACGGCUAAGAGAACGUGCAUUAUGGCGAUCGGGUGCGUGUAGGCUUCGCGCGCUCCUUCACUUUUCGUCAUUUUCCCAAGAAAAUUAUUGCGCCUGGAUUGAAAAAAUUCAUCGCACGCUCGUUCCAAGAGUUUCCGUUAUCGUAUACACUUGGAAACAAUUUUUUCCGACUGCAAAUAUUUUCCUUACGUGUUGGCAAUCCGGCGACAAAAUGCCACAGAGCAGUUUGCAGGAAAAGAAGGCACAAACUUAUUUGCAAGGAGGCAGAGCCCAGUCUUUGAAACGCAAGAGACGUACAACGGAACUCUCAGAAGAUUCAGAAAACAUAUAUCCACCUAGUAAAGUACCUACGCUGUCUCAUGUCUCAUACACGGAAUCUUGUAAUACCACGCCAUCAGUAGAUGCUGCAUGUACUCCCCAACAUCAGACAUCUCCGUUGAAAGAACAGCAAGAGCCUGCUACAUGGUCUGAAUUAAGAAGUGCAACUUGUUUCUUAACGCCUUCAGCCUCCAAUAGCACAUCCAUUAGACCUAGUCCGCUGCCGUCUCUACCAUGGGCCGAUGGCUCCCAAGUAUGGUCUCUCAUGUGCCUUGGGGAUCAGAAAACUUUAAUUCAAAGGGAUCCAGAAAUGUUCCAGAGGCAUCCAACAUUACAGCCACGGAUGAGAGCCAUUUUAUUAGAUUGGUUGAUUGAGGUCUGUGAGGUGUAUAAAUUACAUAGAGAGACUUAUUAUCUCGCUAUGGACUACAUAGACAGAUAUCUGUCUAUUCAUCACGACGUACCUAAAAACCAGUUGCAACUUAUAGGGAUAACUUGUCUUUUUAUUGCUUCUAAGGUUGAAGAAAUAUAUCCACCUAAAAUCGCGGAAUUUGCAUAUGUCACCGAUGGAGCCUGUACAGAAGAAGAAAUUUUGGGAAAAGAGUUAAUGAUCUUGAAAGGACUUGGAUGGAAUCUGUCCCCGAUAACUGCUCCAGGAUGGCUCAAUAUUUACAUGCAGAUUGAAUCAGGCGACUCAUCCAAACCAAACACUUUCAUAUAUCCACAGUAUGGUGGAUUGCAAUAUUCUCAAGCAGCUCAGUUAUUAGAUCUGGCGACUUUGGACGAAGGUUGUUUAAAGUUUCCAUACAGUCACAUAGCUGCAGCAGCAAUUUAUCAUACUCAAGGAAGAGAAUGUGCAUUAAGAGUAUCCCGAUUGUCAUGGGAACAGCUUGCUCCUUGUGUCAAAUGGCUUACGGCAUUUGCUACUACCGUCGCGGAAGAGGACUCCCAGUCUCUUUUAAGAUCUACGAUUACACUUGUAGAAUCACACUCUGGAUCCGGAUUGAAGGCCACUGUACCUAAUAUUGUUGUAGACGAAUCGCAUCGCAUACAGACUCACGUGGUCGAUUUGAAUAUGUUGGAAAAGGCGCAGCAACGAUUAGCUGGAGAAAUCCCGAAUGGUUAUGUGAACGAUUCGGAUACAAAUGUUGAACCUGGUAGACAAAGCCCAAACGAGAGUGGCCUUUUAACUCCGCCGUCUAGUAAUCAAAAAAGUUCUCCGUUAUCAACAUGUCCUACACCACAAUUACAUCCUUAUACAUAACUAAAUAUUUACAACCUCUUCGCAUAUACAUUAUAUAUGGUAAAUUGUGUUAUAUGUAUUUAUCAUACAGUCGCGAAUUACAGUACGAUAAUUCAGAUAGAAACAUGAGUUAUUUCGAAAAAAGUACGUGCAGAUUUGGGCAAAUGCUAUAUUGACACGUUAUUGUAAAUAAUACGAUGCUUCCUAAUCGCAUCUUUAUGGUACUGAACGAUUGCACUUUCGAAAUAGCAAUAAGAUUCGGUACAAGAUAUCAAGCAUUUUUCAAAUGAUUAUAAAAUAGCACAAUUAAUUCAACAUCACUUAUUUUAUUACAGAGAGACACUUGAAAAAGUGUGCUUUAUGGCUUUGCAUUGUUUAUAAAUGCCUCUGAAAGCACACUUACCAAUCCAUUUUAAAUAGCAGCCAUAUGACUGCUUUCUGUGAUUGUGCUCAAUACAAUAAAAUUUUAGUCUUACAUUAAUAGAUUAGACUCGUCUUGUCUUUGCUACUUUAUAAACUUUGUGAAUGUAAGAAGAGAAAUACUAAUGCCUUACAACAAGUGUCCUUAAAUAAUGUUUACCUGUUUUUCGAAAGAGAGCAUUGUGAAUAGUAUUCUUUUAUACAACUCGCUUUAUCGUAAUACAAUGUAUUACGGCGGUGCGUUACCUGGCCGGAUGAAUGCGUUUUUUAUUAUGUAUAUUAUGAAAGUCUAUUAAAAACAAUAUCUUUAUAUCCUUAAAUUGAGAAUGAAUGGUGAGGGAUGAGUGCAAGGAUUAAGUAUCACGAUUAAUUAAAAUUAAAAAAAAAGACUAAUAACCUUUAAUGAGUAAGCAUUAAAAUUUUGUGGUGAAUUUGCACUGCCUGACAUGUAAUA